GAGGAAAAGCCAGAAGUGGGAGACAAAGCAACCCAGAGGAUGCUCGUUGUUCCAAAACUCAGAAGAAGAUGUGAGAAAAAUCGACCCAGGACGCUUAAUCGAUUCCUGCACGGAGGCGUGUGCACAGCGUGCAUCCGUCAGCUGACAUGGCCUCAAGAAGAGCUUUGCAUUUUGUUUUCAAAGUUGGCGACCGAGCCAAAACAGCCACUUUCUACCGUGAUGUUCUGGGCAUGAAGGUGUUACGCCAUGAGGAGUUUGAGGAAGGCUGCAAAGCUACAUGCAACGGUCCCUACGAUGGAAAAUGGAGCAAGACGAUGGUUGGCUUUGGGCCAGAGGAUGACCAUUUCGUGGCUGAACUGACCUACAAUUAUGGAGUGGGAGAGUAUCAACUUGGCAAUGAUUUCCUGGGUCUGACCCUGCAGUCCAGCCAGGCUGUGAGCAACGCCCGACGACUGGGAUGGCCGAUGACGGAGGUGGGAGAGGCUCUCUACCUGACCCAGGCUCCAGGGGGAUACCCCUUCUACCUGGUGGACAAAGAGCAGCCUCCUCACGACCCCGUGCAGAAGGUUUGUCUUGGAGUCUCCGACCUCCAAAGAUCCACUCAUUACUGGGCUACACUUUUGGGAAUGGCUGUGAUGGACAAAAAUGAGGAAAAGAAAACAGUGCUUUUGGGAUUCGCUGACUCUCAAUGUAAACUACAGCUCCAGCAUAUUGGAGGGACAGUGGACCAUGGCACAGCGUUUGGAAGAAUCGCAUUCUCAUGUCCACGAGAACAACUGCCAAACCUGGAGGCCUUGAUGAAAAGCGAAAAGCAGACGAUCCUCACUCCUCUGGUCAGCCUGGACACUCCUGGAAAAGCCACAGUGGAAGUGGUCAUCCUGGCCGACCCGGAUGGCCACGAGAUCUGCUUUGUGGGAGACGAGGCCUUCCGACAGCUUUCUGAGGUGGACUCCAGGGGAGGCGAACUGCUCGAUAAGGCCAUGGCCGAAGACAAAAGCGACGAGUGGUUUGCCAAGCACAAUAAGCAGAAGGCUGCCGCCUGAGACUGGAAUCUGUCCACCAGAGAUGAUGAUGACAUGCCGAGGAAGACACGGGGGCUUGAAUAAAAAGUCACAAAGUGUGUGCUAGUGGAUCACUCUCUUUGAUUUGAAAAAUGACCAAAACAGAGCUGCUUGCAGUUAUAAAGUACUUGAGACCUACAAUGUUUUUGCAUUUCCACCCUCUGUAUCAGUGUUGAAUGACAGCUAGUGGUGUUUUUGGUUUGGGGGGAGCCUGUCUGGACACAGAUAGUGACCCGUGUCCUGACGUGGCAGCCGGUGGUGCUCAGUGUGCUGCUCGUGUCAAACAUCUGGCUGAAGUAAAAAAAAAAAACACUUCCCUUUCACCCAACACUGUCUCAAUGCGUCUUAUUUUUGCGAUAUGGAUGAAUUGGAACUGAACCGCUGAAGGUGCGGACACCUGGCUGAGAGUGGACUCGUGUCCUGACCUUCUCCUGGACGACCUGCCGGGUCUAACGGGGCGGACCCGAGCUCGGUGUUUACCGGGUCAACUGUCAGGUGGAGCGGCUAGCGGCGGCGGUAUGGAGCGGAGCAGCGACCCGGGGCUCUGAAUGCCAGGCAGCUGAUAGCAGAGAAGGAGAAGCCAGAUCCAUGUCAGAGAUCUGGGUGUGAACAACUUGGGACACAAUGUCUCUCGUACUCAUAUCCUUCGUUUUCAUCCUUCUGCUGGGUAUUGUGUCCGUAUGCAUCAUUUUCAGGUGGCUCAUCUGCAGCCUGGCUGUCCGACUAUUUCAGACUGCGCUGAACGCCGAUCUAAAGAUCAAAUCAGUAGGGCUGUUUUCUGUCCAUGGAGUUAGUAUCCAGUUUCACCCCCACCAUACUCUGGAAAUCGACAGGAUCUGGAUUUCAAGUAAACUUCUGAAUCAAGAUUUACCACGGUACCUGGCAUUGUGUGUCGGGGACACCCGAAUUAGGUUUGACUUGCAAGCGCCGCCGGGACCUCUGAUAAAGAAGAGCCAAGGGAAGAAGUCAUGGAAGAUUUCAGUCAGCCCCACAACGCUACACUUUCUGUCACAAGUACGGACGGACGGACGGGGUCGAGGCGAGCGCGUCUACGCUGAUUUGCUGGCAGCUUCUCACUCUCUGUCCGUCCUCUGCCCGCAGCUGCUGUCCUUCCACGUCAGCUCGGUCAACGUGAUGGUGCUAAACCUGGCUCUGUCCGAAUCCCUGUGGCACAUGACCGUCACAGGUAUCACCUUGUUACUUGACCACCAGAGCAAAAGGUUGGCCUGGAAUUUCUCGGUGGGGCAGCUAAGCAGUAAAGUGCUCAAAAGCAGCCAGUUGGACAUAUGUCUGGCAGAACUGGCUCUGAGCCUGCUGCUGACUGGGGAAGUCAGUCUUCUGGAGAUGAAGCCAGGUUUCCUGUCCCUGAGUGUGAGGGCGCUUUCGGCAGAGCUGCACGAGGGGCUGUUCCUCAGCCAGCUCCUGCUGCCACCCGCCUCCCCAAAGAAGCAGGAUCACGAUGUGUCUGAGUGUGAAAACAUUGAAUUUAUCCAGACUGAGGCCGUUGAACAGUUCCAUCAGCUGCUUCCUCAUAAAGUCAACGUGGAGUUUGAUAAUACAAAUGUAACUCUGUCCAUGCACAGCCAGAAACGACACCUGAACUGGACUCUGAAGUCUUUGAAGAUCGGCUACGGACGUGACAGUGAGCAGCUUCCUCUGAAAAGCUUCACUCCUGAGCUGACCUUCCCUCAGAGCAGCCUGGAGCUGAUUCUCGAGGAUGGCCUCCUCCUCUCUCAGAGCCGGCAGAGGAUCCUUUGUGUGAACACUCUGAAAACGGUGUUGCAGGUAACAUCGAUGGACAUCUCGGGAUCAUUCGUAGUCAACACUUGUAUCAUCCACUACCGUCACCAGGAGUUUUCCCAUUGGCGCCUCCCUCACCUGGAAGCUCCAGUGAUGAUCACAUCCUCUGUGUCCAACAUCAACGUGUCCGUUCAGCUGGGGGACACCACACCUUUUGCUCUGGGCUUCAUCUCUGCUAAUGCAGAAUUACAGCAUCUGCGUGACCUCAAAGUGGACGGGGAGAGCUCAGAUUCCCAGAGCUUGCAUCAGCGGGCCUCGCUGUCCCUGGACAGCUUCUGGUGGAGAGUUGGACAGGGGUCUCAUAUCCAACAGGCCCCCCACCCUCCUGGUAAACACGUGUGGGGUGAAGCACUAAUUUUAGACUCCCUGAGUCUUCAGGGGAGUUUGAACAGGCCACAUGCAGGGUGGAGCCAGUGUCCAAGUCUGAACAUGGAGUCCAGUCUGAAGGGCCUUCAAGUGGAGCUUUCAGAGACCUGUGCUCUGUGUCUGUCCCGCCUGCUGUCCCUCAUGAACGUUCCCCGUGAGAGAGAGCUACAGCUGUCAGAUGGAACCGCGGCGUCUCCCUCCAGUGACAAACCUGUCCAGCUGAACCCCCCCACACAGCAACACCUGCUCUUUAAAAUGGACUGCUCUCUGGAGGAUGUGAAUGUUUUCACCGUCUCUAACGUGGCAGGAGCUGUGUCUCUGAGGAUGGACACUGUCAGGGUUCUGAGCUCUGCUGAGAGCUCCAGAGUGUUCUUCCAGGGGGUGAGCUUGUCUGCACUUAAAACUGUCACAGAGAGCAUGGAAAUAUGUUGCCCUGCUUCCCAAACCCUGAACCCCGCAAUCCAACUCACCACGCUCACCGUCUGGUACCAUAUCACCACUCACACCUUACAGGUUGAGUGUGAAGAGCAGCUAACUGUAGAGUGGACUCCUUCUGACCACAUGGUCCUAUAUCAGCACCUGACGGAGGCUCAGGCUUGUUGGCUCAUGCUUUGUGAGGAGACGGCAGAAGAUGAGCCGCUCCCCUCUUUGGACAGCGAGCCCGCCUCCGCUCAGAGCAGAGGGCUGUCGGUCCGCGUCGAAAUGGGCUCCGCCCGUUUAACAGCCCACGUCAGCGAGGAGAACUACAUCCUGCUGCACACGGACGCCCUCACGGUGGCGAAGCACUCGGGCUCCAUGCACAUGCGCUCCCCUUUGCUUGUCUUCAACUUUGACGGCAACAACAUCGUCUCCUUUAGCGAAUUGGAUGUUGAGAUGCACGCCGAACUGACCGAGAUGCAGCUGCACAGGGACACCUUCCCCUUCCUCACCACCCCUCACAACCGCGUCUGGGUCUUCACCUGCCCCUCCGUGGCCGUCGAGUUCCCCUACCAGUACAACUUCUCAAGCACUUUCGACAUGGCCAUUAGUGUGCAGAAGUGGUUGAAAACCCUCCAUUCUCCCAGCAAGGCUUCUGCCGCCCAGCAUCUGCCCCCUGACCUCGUUUUCAAAAUCAGCCAGUUUUCAUUUGUCUUCCUGGAUGACAUCUUUGAGAUCAAGCUGAGAGACAACUACGAGCUGAUGAAGGACGAGAGCAAAGAAAGCGCCAAGCGCCUGCAGCUUCUGGAUAAGAAGGUGGCAGACCUCCGAAAGCAGCACGGCGAACUCCUGCCGGCCAGAAAGAUCGAGGAGCUUUACAGUUCGCUGGAGAAAAAGCACAUCGAGAUCUACAUCCAGCGCUCACGGCGCCUCUAUGCAAACACGCCCAUGAGGAAGUCUCUGAUUACCUGGACUGUGUCGGACCUGGAGCUUGUGGCUUUGGCUGAUCAAUCUCUGCAUGGGCCAGAGAGAGUAAGAGAGCAGCUGAGAGACAUCGAUGGCGUCAGUCCUUUCCCCAGAGAUGGACUCCCCCUGGUAGUCCAGUGGUGUCGGGCGGUCAAAUUCAAACUGUCUGCGUUCCUUGUGAGAAUUCGUGACUACCCUCGGUACCUCUUUGAGAUCCGAGACUGGGAUCUGUCGGGGCGUCUGAUUGGGACGGAGCAGGAUGGCCAGUCAAGAGCUCAUCGCAAAGCAACUGUCCCACUCGGUGCACCGUGGGGAGACGUGACGGUCCACAGAAAUAUGCCACCGCUCAAGUUCUACUAUGAUUUUAAAUCCAACAUCUCUCUGUACACCAUCGUGUGGGGGCCUUGUUGGGACCCUGCCUGGACUCUGAUUGGGCAGUCAGUUGACCUGUUGACCAAACCUACAGCUGAUCCCUCUCCCUCUCUGGCCUGGUGGGAUAAAAGUCGUCUUCUUCUGCACGGACGCUGGGUCAUGAACAUUGAUCAUGCAAAUCUUCAUCAGCUAGCCACGGAGGACCCCUACAACACUACAGAAAACCUGCACUGGGAAUGGAACAAGCUAAACUUUGACUGGAACCCGGGGCAAUUUGUCUUUAAGGGGGAUUUGGAUGUAAAUGUCAGGACUGCAUCAAAGUAUGAUGAUAUCUGUUUUCUACACCUUCCCAACUUGUGCAUGACCCUUGACCUCCAAUGGCUCUGUCAUGGCAACCCCCAUGACCAUCAUGCUGUGAUGCUCUGCUGUGCAGAGAACAUCGGGGAUGUGACCUCAGGACAGCCUCAUGACUCUUACAGAGCCUUUCGCUCAGAGAAUCUCAACCUCUCCAUCACCAUGGAUCUUAACCAGCAUUGUGGCACUGAAGCUUCCCAGCCCAGAAUCCUGCUGUACAGCAGCACUCUGCGCUGGAUGCAGAACUUCUGGGCCACUUGGACGGGCGUUUCUCGACCGAUCUGCAGAGGGAAGCUCUUCCACAGCCUCAGGCCCGUGCGCAAGAAGCUUGGCCAGCACUACAAACAGAUGUCAUACACAGCUGCUUUCCCACAAUUACAAGUGCAUUACUGGGCCUCCUUUGCACAGCAGAGAGGGAUCCAAGUGGAAUGCAACAAAGGCCACGUCUUCACUCGCGGGGCACAGAGACUAAUUCCACAGGCUGGCACUGUGAUGAGGAGGCUGAUUUCUGAAUGGAAUGUGACUCAGAUGGUGAGCGAACUUUCUCAGGUGACAGUUCACCUCAUGGCCUCCACCUGGGAUGAGACAGCCGACCACCAGAUGAACGCUCAAGUGAAGAAGACCCAUCUGCUCAGCCUCUCAUCCCUUAGCUACCAGCGACAGAGCAUCCGCGUGGAGGAGGAGGUGAACACAAAGGAUGAAACAAAUGCUUCUUACACUCACAAACUGCGCCUGGUGGACCUUCGCGCUUCCUGGACAACCACGAACAGAAACAUAGCCUUCGGGCUGUAUGACGGUUAUAAAAAGGCAUCUGUCCUGAAGAGGAAUCUUUCCACUGAAGCACUGAAGGGUCUGAGGAUCGACACGCAGCUGCAGGCUAAGAAACUCAAACGUUCUCCGUCCAACUACUCUCCCACGACCGCUCCCACCACACCAGUCGUGCCCGUGGUCAACCGAGCGGAAAAGGGUCACAAUGAAGGGACGUCGAUGCUGCAGAAACUGAUCGAGGAAACCGACAAGUUUGUGGUGUUUUCGGAGGAGGAGUCGGGCGUGAGUGACCAGCUGUGUGGCAUCGCCGCCUGCCAGACCGACGACGUGUACAACCGCAACUGGUUCAUCGAGCUGGUCAACUGCCAGAUGAUGCUGCGGGGCACAGAAACGGCCGGCUGUGUGCUGGUGUCGGCGGCAAAGGCUCAGCUGCUGCAGUGUGAGCACCACCCCGCCUGGUACAACGACACCCUGAAGCAGAAGACCACCUGGACCUGUCUGCUGGACGGCAUGCAGUACUUUGCCACCAUGGAGCUCAGCCCCUCCGAGCAAGAGGACCGGCAGCUGUGGCUGGAGGUAAAAAACAUAGAGGAGCACAGGCAGCGUAACCUGGACUCUGUGCUGGAGCUGAUGGAGAGUGGCCAGGCGGUAGGAGGGAUGGUCAGCACCACAACAGACUGGAACCAGCCGGCCCAGGUGAAUGAGUCUCAGCAGGUUCAGCGCAUCAUCUCGCGCUGCAGCUGCCGGAUGCACUACAUCAGCUACAGUCACGACAUCAACCCCGAGCUGGCCACUCAGAUCAAACCCCCAGAGCUGAGGAACAACCACGAGAAAGAGGACCUGCUGAAAAAACAGGCGGGAGCCGUGGACACUUUUACACUUAUUCACCAUGACCUUGAGAUAUCCACUAACCCCGUUCAGUACGCCAUGAUUCUGGACAUUGUCAACAACCUGUUAUUACAUGUGGAGCCCAGACGCAAGGAGCAUAGUGAGAAAAAGCAGCGGGUGCGAUUCCAGUUGGAAAUUUCCAGCAACCCAGAGGAGCAGCGCAGCAGCAUCCUGCACCUGCAGGAGGCAGUCAGGCAGCACCUCGCCCAGAUCAGACGCCUGGAGAAGCAGAUCUACUCCAACAUCAGGGCUCAGACGGAGGAACUAAGCGGAGACGAUCUGAUUGAGGUCAACUUCCGAUUGCAGAACCAGCUGAACCAGGAAAAAAACGACAUGCAGAUGAAGAGCGAGGAGCUCAACAUCCUCAUCAGGUGUUUUAAAGAUUUCCAGCUGCAGCGGGCAAACAAGCUGGAGCUGCGUAAGCCCCCGGAGGACGUGAGCGUGGUGAGGAGGACGGAGAUCUACUUUGCCCAGGCCCGCUGGUGCUUGACGGAAGAGGAUGGCCAGCUCGGCAUUGCUGAGCUGGAGCUGCAGAGAUUCAUGUACAGUAAGCUGAACAAGUCGGAUGACACAGCAGAGCAUCUUUUGGAACUGGGGUGGUUCACAAUGAACAACCUGCUGCCAAACGCAGCUUACAAGGUGGUGCUUCGUCCUCAGAGCAACUGCCAGUCCGGCCGGCAGUUUGCUCUCCGCAUCUUCAGCAAAGUGCGCCCCCCUGUGGGCGGGAUCUCCGUGAAGGAGCACUUUGAGGUGAACGUGGUGCCUCUCACCAUCCAGCUCAUGUACCAGUUCUUCAAGCGAAUGAUGGGAUUUUUCUUCCCGGGAAGAAAUGUUGAGGAGGAGGAAGUGGCCGAUGAGGAAGACAAGUUUCGAUUGGUUACCACCGGUAUCCCCGUGAAGCCCCGGCCCCUGUCAGAGGACACCAUGGGGGCCAUGGGCCCCAGCAAAAGCGUCGCCCAGGGUCUGAACCGCAGCGCCGGGGUCAGGAGGUCAUUCAGGAAAGCUCCAGAGCAUCCCGUUGAUGACAUCGAUAAGAUGAAGGAGCGAGCUGCUAUGAAUAACUCCUUCAUCUACAUCAAGAUUCCCCAAGUGCCUUUAUGUGUCAGCUACAAGGGAGAAAAGAGCAGUGUGGACUGGAAAGACCUGAACCUGGUCCUGCCUUGUUUAGAGUACCAUAACAAUACGUGGACCUGGCUCGACUUUGCCAUGGCCGUGAAAAGGGACAGUCGUAAAGCACUCGUAGCUCAGAUGAUUAAGGAGAAGCUGCGUCUGAAGCCGGCUUCGGGCUCAGACGUGCGGGGCAAAGUGUCCGACGGGAAGUCGGACAACAGCCUGCAGCAGCAGGAGGAGGACGAGAAGGCCCGCCUCCUCAUCGGCCUCAGCUCGGCGGACAAGAGCUCCAGCAAGAAGAGCAUCUUCAGCCGCCGCAAUGCAAUUGAUGAAGAGCAGCAGCUGGAUGUCCAGCUGUUGGGAAAACUGUUGACGCCUCUAUAUCUGUAUGUGUGUGUCUGUGGUUUGUGGGUGAACGGUGGGGUGAUCGAUUCAAGAUCUGACAGCCGGGAACUGGAGCGGAAUGGCUCCGGACUUCCAGGCUGGAGGCUCCCGUCAGCAGCAGCAGACGCGCGCAUGCUGAGGAAGAGGAGGACGCGCGCAAAAGAGGCAGCCCGGGACAGAGGAGGAAGAGCUGCUCAUCGUCGACUCAGUCAGGGAUUUCUCUCAACUCCUGGAAUCUCCAUGCCUCACAGACUCGGACACUCAGCAAUAUUCUCUCAGUCAGCGGGAGUGGACGUCCAAAUGGCCAUCUCCAGCCUCCUGUGUCCCCCAGAGGAGGGCGGGGAGACGUCAGACACGGGCACGAAUCCCCCAGCCCUCAUUUCUGCCUUCCUGCCAGAGUUCCCACUCCAUAAACCCCCCAUAGAAGAUCAUCAUCAGGUCCUCGGCCUGAUUGCCAAAGGGUCACUUGGACCCAUCCUCAAGUUAAAGGAUAUUUCCAAGGAGAAGAUUUAUGCUGUUAAGGUUCUAUCAAAGUCGGAGAUCUUGAAGCAAAAGUUGCUGGAGCAGUCUAAAGGGGAAGUCAUCAUUCAGAGGCAGCUCAAACACCCUUUCAUCCACAAACUGCACCGCUGCUGGCAGACGCGCCACCACAUCUUCAUCAUGUGCGACUACUGCAGCGCUGGAGACUUGUACACCUACUGGCUGCUGAGGGGCCGCUUCCAGGAGGCUGAGGUCCGGCUCUUUGCCGCAGAGAUGGGCGGUGCUCUGGGAUUCCUUCAAGACUUAGGAAUCAUGCAUAGAGAUAUAAAGAUGGAGAACAUUCUCAUAAGUGAUCGAGGUCACCUCCGGCUGUCGGAUUUUGGGCUGUCGCGCCGGCUCGUUCGAGGAGGACGGGCGUUCACCAUAUGUGGGACGAUUCCAUACAUGGCUCCUGAGGUUUUGAGCGGGGGUCCGUACAACCACGCCGCGGACUGGUGGUCUCUGGGCAUUUUGUUGUUCACACUUGUAGCAGGAGAGUUUCCGCUGGCUGCAGAACCGGACCACAGGCGUAUGUGGAGGAAGGCCAGAGAUUUUCCUUAUGCCAUACCGAAGACCUUCAGCUCUGCUCUGGCUUUACUUCUGACCGACCUUUUAUGCAAAAACCCAGCGAACCGCCUUCGACACCUGGAGUCUUUCAAGAUGCGGCCCUUCUUCCGUGGCAUCUCAUUUGACUCUUACAUCCUUCAGAAAACACCAGUGGACUUCAUCCUCAAGCUCAGGGAGCACCCUGACUGGGCGGCUAAAUCAAGGAGAGGAGCCUCGCUCGACCAGAUUUUUAAGUUUGACUGUGAACGUAUCAUCUCCUCCCAGUUAACGUGCUCCUACACGGAGCAUGAGCUCAAAUGAACAGACCUGAAAUCAUAUAUUAUCAAUGAUUUAUCAUAAGUUAUUUAUCUAACUUUAUUUAUUUAAGCUUAGAUUUUUUAUUACAGCUUUUGUUUUUU